CGUUAUUCAAUUCUGCAAACAUUCCUCUCCUUCAUUAAAAUUGACCUAGUAUCAUUUUCGGGUUGGUAUCACUGUACCUGAUCUUAAAACAUUCAAGGUUCAUGGAGCAUCACUGAAGUGGCUUUCAUCAGAUUAAUUAUCAGACUAAAAUGGAUGAAGGCAGCAUCAGGAAGAGGAGGGAAUCACAGAACGGCUCCACCGGCCACAACGUGGACUGUCAGACUAAAGACCAGCAGCCUGCGAAGGCUACUGUGCUUCAAAAAGAUGUUGGUCUGUUGAGUGCUACAUGUCUGAUUGUGGGGACCAUGAUCGGCUCGGGCAUCUUCAUCUCUCCUAAGUCUGUUCUGCUGUAUUCUGGAGCUGUGGGACCCUGCCUCAUCAUCUGGGCCGCCUGUGGCGUGUUAGCCACUCUGGGAGCACUCUGCUACACUGAGCUUGGGACCAUGAUCACCAAAUCAGGGGCGGAGUAUUCGUAUUUAAUGGAGGCUUUCGGCCCCCCCUUAGCUUACAUUUACUCCUGGACCUGUGUGAUGGUGCUGAAGCCCUCCUCCUUCGCCAUCAUCAGUCUGAGCUUUGCAGAAUACGCUUCCACUCCUUUCUACCCUGGCUGUUCACCUCCUGUGCUUGUUACCAAGUGUCUUUCAGCAGCAGCCAUAUUGUUGAUCGUCACCGUCAACUGUUUGAGUGUCAAACUGGCGAACUACGUGCAGAACUUCUUCACUGCAGCCAAGCUUUUAAUCAUUGUCAUCAUAGUGGUAGCUGGCAUGGUUAUGUUGGCACAAGGAAGAACUGAGAAUUUGUCAAAAGCAUUUGAAGGCACAUCAUCGUCUGUUGGAGCAAUCGGCCUUGCCUUUUAUAACGGGCUUUGGGCUUAUGAUGGAUGGAAUCAACUGAAUUACAUUACAGAGGAGCUGAAAAACCCAUACAGGAACUUGCCCCUGGCCAUCAUCAUCGGGAUCCCUUUGGUAUCUGUGUGCUAUGUGCUGGUUAACGUCGCUUACUUCACUGUCAUGACGCCCACUGAACUACUGCUAUCUCCAGCUGUUGCCGUGACUUUUGGAGACAGAGUCCUUCACCCUCUGUCUUGGAUCGUUCCUGUCUUUGUUGUCUUCUCUACGUUCGGCUCUGCCAAUGGAAGCUGCUUCACUGCUGGCAGAUUGGCUUAUGUAUCUGGUAGACAGGGUCACAUGGUGAAAAUCUUAUCCUAUAUUAGCCUGAAGCGCUACACUCCAGCCCCCGCUCUCAUAUUCAAUGGUAUUUUGUCUAUUCUCUACAUUAUCCCUGCAGACAUCAACACCCUCAUUAACUACUUCAGCUUUGCUCAGUGGGCGUUUUAUGGUCUGACAGCAUUGGGUCUCAUCGUCAUGCGUUUCACCAAGAAGGAGCUCCAUAGACCAGUAAAGAUUCCGAUUGUCAUACCUGUCAUAAUGGUCCUGGUGUCCUGCUACUUAGUCCUGGCUCCCAUCAUUGAUAAGCCAGACCUGGCAUACCUGUACUGUGCUGCCUUCAUCUUCAGUGGAUUUCUCUUUUACUACCCUUUCGUCCACCUCAAGGUCAACUGGGCACGCAAUAUCAUGAGACCCAUCACCAUACAGCUUCAGCUGCUGAUGGAGGUAGUUCCUCCUGAGAAAACUGAAUGAGAAGAGACAGAAGUGACAACCAGGUCAACUUCUGCUGCGUGUCUUGAAACAUGUCGAGGCUGGAUAUGGAAAGAGCGGGGCAGCAAAUUUGGUGCCCAGAGAUGAUCAGAGCUGACCUCUGCAUGACAGAAGUAAAAGUGAAUAUGUUGUGUUCAAGGGGAAGAUGAAAUCAUUUCUCAGUUGGGUUCAGGGACGUAAAAAAAAAAAAAAAAAAGAUUCAUGUUGCUAGAGAGUGAGCUAUAGGUACUGUAUACCUCUGCUGUAAAUAGAAUUCACCUAGAUAUAGGCCAAAAGUUGUAUAUUUAAAAUAAAGUCCUAGAGGAGUUUGAGGGAGUGACUCCCGUGAUGUCGCUCCCAGUAUGAAGGAAAACAUCACUGAAAAAACCCCACACCUUUUUAAUUAAUAACUUCUUCUUGUAGUAAAUGUGCAUUUAUGUUUUUAUUGGACCAAAGAUCACUUGAUGUACAGUUGCAUGAAUCUGCACUUGAGCAAAGGGAAGGGGUAAACAGUGAAAAUGCUUGUGCAGACAACAUGAAGGUUAAUGAACAGGUCAUGCAACAAGAUGUGGAAACAGGUUUUUUUUUAUGUUGUGGUUGUAAAUAUACAAAUAACAGUUUCUUUUAAUGAUGUUUACGCAUUAAUUAAUAAUGCUCCCACUCCUAUCUUUAACACUGGAAUAUACCGGAUCAGUGCUGCAUUGUGGUAGCUGCUGGUUAUUAAAUGUCAUGUUGAGCAUAACUUGGACAUGAGAAAUAAACAGUUUGUGAUUCCAGAAAAUAUCCCUAUUGUGUCUUUAUGACCUGACUGCUUCUUUAACUCAAUACCCUGUGUGAAACUGUGUGCAUUCUGUCUAUCUGUCUAUCAUAGGGCACAAAUAAUACAUAGUAAAGUGUGGCUAUAGAUUUUGAAGUUCACCAAGUUGUAAAAAAAUGCAAAUAUCUCACAUUACUCUUGCGAUAUAUAUCUUUUUUUUUUUGGUCUAUUCAUAUCAUUACAUGGAUUUAAGGGCUAUGUGUGAUGUUUGAUUGAAGGAAUGUUCAGACCGUUGCUCAUGGAAAAGACUGGAUUAUUAUGAUAUCAGUAAUAAGUAAGACUAAUAAAAUUUGAUUUCGCUGUACCAAGGUUCCAAUUGUCCACCAGAUGUCACUACAGCACUGUUGAGUGGAGCUGUGCUCUCUGUAUCUGUACAAAUAUCACAGAAAAACACAGAGACGCAAAUGACCAUCAAGAGACACAAUAAGACCAAAAAGGACACAAAAUAACUGCAAAGAGUUGCAAAACAACCACAAAGAGACAAUUAAAAAAUCAAAACUAACACAAAAUGGCCACGAAGACAUACAACCAAGAAAGACAAAAUUAUUACAAAGGGCUGCAAAACAACUGCAAAGAGGCAAAAAAAUUGCCAAAUAGGAAACAAAAUGACUACAAGAGACACAAAAUGACAAAAAAAAAGACACACAUGACUAUGAAGAGACACAAAACAAUCAGAAAACACACAAAUGACUAAAAAGAGACACAAUGCAACCAAAAACAAUACAAAACCUUGCGUGUACUGGAGGUGUUGGGGCCUUUUACUUGUCUGUGCUCAGGGGCCCACUGUCUCAUAGUCCCCCCAUGACUAUGCAAUAUUGAAGUUAUAUUCGUCAUUUCCAAUAAUUUGUGAUAUUACUUAUUUUUUCAUUGUUAUCAAUAUCAGCAGUAGUCAAUAAACUGUGAACAGCUUCCCAUGCACUGCAGAAUGAGGACUAGUGAAUGUAGUAAUUGCAACGUGUUCCUGGUCAGGUACACAUUGCAGUUUAGUGGGGAACACAUGCCUGUGCAGAGGCUGCAUGUUUGUUGCCCUCUAGUGGCACACAGUCUCUCCAUACAGAGUCAAACUGGAUCUCCCAUGUGUGAUGGAAAAGUGAAGGUUUUCUACAGUGAGUUCCUCUUAAUCUGCACUGGUUGUGUUGAAUGAGGGAGGAUUAGCAGAGAAGCUACUUAGUAAUGUCUGCUAAAUAAUCUUAGAAGUGUUUUAAGAAGUUAAGCUGUGUGUUUUUUGUGUAGCCUGUUGCAUUUAGCUCUGUUUCAAUGUUCAUUGUGCUUUUGUCGGAGAAAGCUGUUGUCCUGCAGAACCGAGCCAGCAGGUCCACCAUGAACACUGAGUGCAUGUUGACAAAAUGAGAGAUAUUUUUAUGGCCUGCUCAGAGAUGCUAUUGUGAUUCAGGGCACAUACAGUGGCUGUAACAUAAAUGCCCUGACUUACUCUAUCAGAUUUCCUCCUUCUAUAUUUUUGCCUUUUCAAAUGUAGCAAUGAGCAGAGACAAGUGGUUACAUUGUGUUUCAUCACUCUUUAAUGGGCAUUGCAUCCCAGGAUGAAAGAAACAACAUUUUUCAUUUUGGGUCCUGGGAAGUCAAAAAGUAAAACCCCUGAAUGUCCAAAAAAACUUUACGUGUGUGUGUCUUUAUGUGGGAUUAGUGCUUAUGAAAUGAUGCAAGAUAACUCUGCAUUCAGUGUCAGAAGGGAUUGGAUGACAUUAAGGAAUAAGACGAGUGACUUAAUUGUAGUUGCGGAUUAUAAUUAUUCAUGUUGAGAGCCACUAAAGUCCCUCAGAUCACAGGGAAGUGUGAAUUGUGGCUCUGUUGGAUAUGUGUGUGAAUUUCCAUGAAUGACCUAGUGUGUCUUGACAACAUGAGGCAUCAUUCAUCGUGCUGCUGAUGGUGUGGGGGCCGGCCAGAUGAUGCAGUUUACUGCUUCAGCUCAAUGUCAUGAAUAAAAGCCUGCUAAAUGGAUCAGGUGCAUACAAAUUGUGUUUUACUGGUUUGACAUUGUCAUUCGUCAUCAAAAACACACACAUCUUUCUUGACAUUUUGUUACUUUGAAUCUGUGCAAAUGCUAAAAGUAGCGAUAAAUGUAAAAAUACUCCACCACAAAGUCAUGCAUUCAAAACCCACACAGAUGCUUAAUAGCUUUUGUGUCUCUGUGUCAUUGUGUUGUGUAUCUUUGGGGUUAUUUUGUGUCUCUUUGUAGUUUAAUAUCACUUUGAAAUUAUAUAUUCCCUCAUUAUGCUUUGUGUCUUUGUGGGUGAUUUGCCCCUUUUCAUAGUUGCUGUAAGUCUUGUUUUGAUCUCUUUGUAAACUUUCUGUGUCUGUAUGUAUUUUUUUUUUUGUUAAUUUGUGGUCAUUUUGCAUAUCUAUGUAAUUGUUGUGAUCUAUUUGUAAAUGUUUUGCAUCUGUAUGUAGUUACUUUCAGUCUCUUUGUAGUUUAAUGUUACUUUGAUAUUAUUUUUGUCUUUUUUUAGUCCUUUUUUUGGCUUAUUCGUAGUCAGUUUGCAUCUCUUUGUAGUUGUUUGAUCUCUUCGUAAACCUUGUGUCUAUAUAUAGUCUAUAAUUUUGUUUAUUUGUCAUUGUGCAUUUCUCCAUGGUCAGUAUGUGUCUCUACAAGUGACAUUUGGCAGGUGAAGGCCCUGGGGGUGUGCCCUGUUCAGUUUUCA